AUGACGUAUAAUUUUUAUUCAAAAAAUAAAAAUGAACAAAAAACUAAAAAAGAACAAAUGAAUGAUAUGACACAUUCAAUAUACAAACUUGAUCUUAAUGAAUUUGUUAAAUUAAGUGAAGAAAAACAAAAAGAAAUUCUGUGUGAAUGUGUAGAAAAUUAUAGGAAAGAAAAUCAGAAGAAUAAUAAAGAAAUGUUUUGUUGUAGUGUUUGUUAUGAAGAAUAUACUUAUAAGGAGACAUUUAUAAAUGAAUGUGGACAUAGGUUUUGUAUAAAAUGUUGGAGGGAAAAUAUAAUACAACAAAUUCAAAGUGAUUGGCAUCAAGUUCAUUGUAUGGAACAAGGGUGUAAUUGUGUAGUGAAAAUAGAAGACAUUAUGACACAUUGUUUAAUUCAAGACAUUUGUAUGUUAAAUAUGUAUUGUGAAAGACUCACGUUUAAAACAUUUGAAGAUAAUAUUUGUGAAUGUCCAAAAUGUCGAUGUGAAAUGAUAACAUUUGAGAAGGAAUAUAAAACUACAUGUCCAAGAUGUAAAUAUUUGUUUUGUAGAAAAUGCGGAGAAAAUUGGCAUGAAGGAAAAAGUUGUGAUGAAUGGAAGAGAAAUAAAGAACAAGAACAAGAAGAUCUGAAAUGGAUUAAUCAAAAUACAAAAAAAUGUCCAAGUUGUGGUGAUAGAAUCCAAAAGAAUGGAGGGUGUAAUCAUAUGACAUGUAAAUGUGGAUAUCAAUUCUGUUGGUUAUGUGGUGUUAAAUAUUCAUCUGAUCAUUGGACGAAUAAUACAACAGGAUGUAAACAAUUCACAUAA